AUGCCAGAAAGAACUCGGCCGAUUAAGGGGCCUCAUCCCGCAACCGUGGGCAUCAUCUUCGUAGCGGUCGCCUUCGUCACCAUCCUUCUGAUUAGCCUAUACUGUUCUUUUUUCAAUAAGAUGAGGAAGCAGACUCGUUUGGAGCAGCGGGUUACAAGGAGAGAGCGGGCGUUCGACAGAGACGACGAAGACUUGGAGAUGCAGGAAGCGCCUUUCGAUGAUUUGAAGUUGCCACCCAAAGCGAUCACACGCAAAUAA